AUGUCGACCCUUCGCCAGCGCACGACGGACAAGGCUACCGGCAAGGCCGCCGCCAAGGUUGAUGUCGACGAGCUCCAGCUCCCCGAGGAGAAGAAGUGGGUUUGCAAACUGCCGCGCGCCAAUCGCCACGGCGUGAUUGGACGAGACACUGAUAUCCUGCCCCCCAGGUUCGUCGUUCCCAACUUCACCAACAAGCAGCUUAUGGAUGCCAUCCCGGCCCACUGCUUUGAGCGCUCGGCCCUCAAGUCGACCCAGUACCUUGUCCAGGAUGUCGUCGCUCUCGCGAUCCUGGUCGUCGGUGCCUUCCACAUCGAGGACCUGCUCAACUACCUUGACCUCGCUCCCCUCCCGACCAAGGCCCUCCGCAUCGCCCUCUGGACGGCGUACACCGUGAUUGCUGGUUUCUUCGGCACCGGUCUCUGGGUUGUCGGCCACGAGUGCGGUCACCAGGCCUACUCUACGUCCAAGACGCUCAACAACACGGUCGGCUGGGCCGUCCACUCGUUCCUCCUCGUGCCCUACCAUGCGUGGCGCAUCUCGCACGGCCGCCACCACGCCUCGACCGGCAGCCUCACCCGCGACGAGGUGUUCGUGCCCCGUACCCGCUCCGAGAUCGGUCUCCCGGCCCCCAAGGACGAGAACGAGGUUGUCGGCAUUCACGUGUCCGAGGAGAGCCAGAGCCUCCUUACCGAGAUCCUCGAGCACGUCCCCAUCACCGCCAUGUGGAUCGUCCUGUACCAGCUCGCCGGCUUCCCUCUGUACCUCAUCAUGAACGCUGCUGGCCAGCACCGCUACCCCGCGUGGACCAACCACUUCUCGCCCGACUCGAUCAUCUUCCGCAAGAACCACAAGUGGCAGAUCAUCUGGUCCGACUUUGGCUUCUUCGCUACCAUUGCCGCCAUGGCCUACUGGUCGUACGCGCGCAGCUUCACCGAGAUGUUCCUCAUCUACGGUAUCCCCUACCUCUGGGUCAACAACUGGAUCGUUCUCAUCACCUACCUCCAGCACACUGACCCCACUCUUCCCCACUACUCGGACAAGACGUGGACCUUCCCCCGUGGCGCCCUCGCCACGAUCGACCGCACCUUCCUCGGCCCUAUCGGCAUGUGGUGCGUCCACGGCCUCUGCGAGACCCACGUCGCCCACCACAUCUCGAGCAAGAUCCCCCACUACCACGGCGAGGAGGCCACUGCCGCCCUCAAGAAGUUCCUCGGCCAGCACUACAACCGCUCCGAGGAGAACAUGCUCGUGUCUCUGUGGAAGAGCCACAACCAGUGCCGCUUCAUCGAGGACGACGUCGACGUUGCGUUCUACAAGGACGUUCGUGGCGUGGCCCAGCGCUACGGUGUCGAGGAGCCCCUUGUCGACUCUGGUGUCGAGCUGUCGUCGACCAUCAUCACUACGGGCCGAUUAGCGCCGGGUCGCGGGAUCAAAAAGUCGCGUCCUCCCCCAUCGUGUCAUCCAGCGGCCGACUACGCCAUGUCGUCGACCUCGCACACGAUCGUCUCGGCGCCGGGCAAGGUGCUCCUUGCAGGCGGGUAUCUGGUCCUGGACCGCGCGUACACCGGCCUGGUGGUGGGCACGUCGAGCCGCUUCUUCUGCUCGGUGGUCGACACGCCUUUGCCCUCGGCGCCGGCGUCAUUCUACGCCGCGAGCGUGCGCGUCCGUGCCGGCCAGUUCCCCGCCGACUCGGCAUGGAGCUACGACGUGCUCGUGCCCGCUGGCACGCGCGCGCCGCUCCUCACCCCCACCGGCACCACUGGCAGGAACAAGUUUGUCGAGACGACGCUCGCCAAGGUGCUCCAGUAUGCGCUGGAGCGCCUCGUGGCCUCGGGCCUCGGACAGGCUGCUGCUGGCGCUGAGCUCCUCCGCCGGCUGUCGGGCGGAGGGCGGACCGCGCUCGACGUCGUAGUCCUGGCUGAUAACGACUUCUACAGCCAGCGCGAGCAGCUCGCUGCCGCCUCGCUCCCCGCGCGCCUCAGCUCCCUCGAGAGCUUGACGCCCUUCUGCCCCUUACCCCGUGGCAUCGGACAGACGAACAAGACGGGCUUGGGCUCAUCUGCGGCGCUGGUGACCUCUCUCGUCGCUGGUGUCCUGUCUCACCUCGGCCUCGUGGACGUCAGCAAGCCGGCCGACGUGGACCGCAUCCACGCGCUCGCACAGGCGGCCCACUGCUUCGCGCAGGGCAAGGUCGGCUCUGGGUUUGACGUCUCGUCGGCAGUCUACGGCUCGCACGUGUACCGCCGCUUCUCGCCGGCCGUGCUCGAGCCCUUGUUCAACGCGACCGAGGGCGCGCCGCCUCCGUCGGUGCUCGCGUGUGUCGAGAGCAAGGCAUGGGACCAGGAGGUGACGCGCUUCCGCCUGCCCCGAGGCUUGAGGAUGCUGCUUGCUGAUGUUGAUGCCGGCACGGACACGCCCAGCUUUGUUGGCAAGGUUUUGGCGUGGCGCAAGGCCAAGCCAGAGGAGAGCCUCGCCCUCUGGACCCAGCUCGACGAGUCCAACAGGCUGCUGGAAUCGCAGCUGUCCAAGCUGGCAGCUGUGGACCAGAGCAACGAGUAUGCCGAGACGCUCAAGGCGUUUGCCUCGACGUCGGUUGGUGGCCUUGCCACAAACGACCCCAUUGCUACCCAGUUGCAAGAUAUCAACGCCACUGUCGGCAGGAUACGCUCCGGCAUGCGCGACAUGUCUCCAGCCUCCGGCGUACCUAUCGAGCCAAAGGAGCAAACGAGGCUGCUAGACUCGUGUUCUGGUUGUCAUGGUGUUCUGGGAGGCGGUGUGCCUGGCGCUGGCGGAUACGAUGCCAUUUGGGUCCUCUGCGUCGACGAUCCCGCUGUGAUUACGACGGUCGAGGACGUCUGGGCCUCGUGGACCGAGAUGUCUGUGAGCCCCCUGUCGGCACGGCAGUCGGAUGGCGGCCUUCAGGUCGAGGACGAAGGGAACGUUCGCGGCCUUGCAGACGCGCUCAAACGCGCCAGGGUGUAGGAAGUGUUCUAUGCAUGCAUCAUCAGAC